GUGCAUGAGGAUCACGUGAUACACUAAGGAGCUGUCACAUAAACAUUGUCCUGUACACAGCUGUUUGACUAUUAACAGCGAUCAUGCUUAUUUUUUAUACAGAUUGACACAUCACGAUUAGACUGUAUAUCAGCAUAAAUGAGCGUUUUGUGAGAGGAACGCGCGGUUUGUAGGAGAGCAGCGUGAUGGAGGAGAGAUAGAGAUCUGAUAGCCACUCCUGCUGUCACCUACACACUGAGUGUACACUAAUACUACACGAACACUGGAUGGGAUGCAUUGGCUGUGACCUCUUCAUGCAUGUAGAUUCUCUUUCUAACCAGGAUCAGCAAGUUGUCCAGAGAAAGUGUGUUUGAGUGGUGGGCUGUGUUAGAAAUGUACUCGCCACAGAGGAAGGACUUUGUCUCCCUGACGCUGGGAGAGCAACACAGCCACAGCUACACCAACGGCAAGCACCGGAGACAGUCCUGCUGGAGGAAAUGGAAGCAGCUGUCUCGGCUUCAGCGCAGUCUGAUUCUUUUCCUGCUAGCCUUUCUCUUCAUCUGUGGGAUUCUUUCCUAUUCCAGUCUGGCGGAGCAGUGGAGAGGGCUCUCUGACAGAUCGUUGAAGGAGGACUGGGUUGAAAUGGAUAACAGAGGUCUCAGGCCCAUUCCUCCUGGCCUCAUCCCAAAGCUCCCACCAGGAGUUGUCCCUGGGGUCCAGGACGUCCCACCAGAAGUGCUGCCGGAGCUCCAAAGACCAAGCGUUCCAAUACUUCCCAAACCUCCAGCUAUGAGGAAGCCCCCUAGCAAGCGUGGUCCUCCUGCUCUACAGAAGCGAGGGAAUGUGUCAGAUUGGCAGGAGAAAGAUCCCGUGAUCAAGAGGGAAGACGAAGAAGGGAAAGAAGCAAAAACAGUCAUUAGCUGGCGUGGGGCGAUGAUCGAGGCAGAGCAGGGGACAGAGCUUCAGUCCACCGCCCAUGGAAAAGUAGGAACAGUGGCUAAUGCAGAGGGAGCUGCCAGCUUAAAACCAGUCACAGAGAAGCCCGUGGAUCGUGUGGAGGCGGUGCGGGAGGCCUUCAGGCAUGCGUGGAAGGGCUACAAGGCUUUUGCAUGGGGCCAUGAUGAACUGAAGCCCAUAUCUAAGACUCAUGGAGAGUGGUUUGGUCUGGGCCUCACUCUCAUAGAUGCACUAGACACCAUGUGGAUCCUGGGCCUGAAAGAGGAGUUUGCAGAGGCCAGGAAGUGGGUAGAGACAGAAUUAUCUUUUUCCAAGAAUGUGGAUGUGAAUCUUUUUGAGAGUACCAUCCGUAUUUUGGGGGGUCUCUUGAGCACAUACCACUUGUCCGGGGACACACUUUUCCUGGAUAAAGCUAAAGACAUUGGCUUUAGAUUAAUGCCUGCCUUCAAGACGCCAUCUAAAAUCCCCUACUCUGAUGUGAACAUUGGUAAAGGAACUGCUCACCCUCCACGCUGGACCACAGACAGCACAGUCGCAGAGGUGACCAGCAUUCAGCUGGAGUUCAGAGAGCUCAGCCGACUCACGCAGGACCCGCAGUACCAGAAUGCAGUGGAGGAGGUGACCAGACAGGUCCACAGACUGGAGGGAAAGCGUGAUGGUCUGGUGCCCAUGUUCAUCAACACAAACAGUGGGAAAUUCACACGGCGAGGGGCCUUUACGCUGGGGGCCCGUGCAGACAGCUACUACGAGUACCUGCUCAAACAGUGGCUACAGGGUGGCAAGAAAGAGACUGAGCUGCUGGAGGACUAUCUUCAGUCUAUAGAAGGUGUCAAAAAGAAUCUCUUAAGACAGACUUCUACUAGUAAACUGACCUUCGUUGGGGAGCUGUCCAAUGGCCGCCUCAAUCCCAAGAUGGAUCAUUUGGUGUGUUUUCUUCCUGGCACGCUGGCUCUCGGUGCUCACAACGGCCUGCCCGCUGAUCACAUGGACCUGGCUCUGCAGUUGAUGGAGACGUGCCAUCAGAUGUAUGCACAGAUGGAGACGGGCCUGAGCCCAGAGAUCGCUCACUUUAAUCUGCAGAACCACAACGGACGAGACAUCGAUGUGAAGCCUGCAGACAGACACAACUUGCUGAGACCCGAGACUGUUGAGAGUCUGUUCUACAUGUAUAGAUUCACCAAGGACAGCAAAUACAGGGACUGGGGCUGGGACAUACUGCAAAGUUUCAACAAGCACACCAGAGUCCCCAGUGGGGGCUACACCUCCAUAGGUAACGUCCGUGACCCAUUGAACCCCGCACCCAGAGAUAAGAUGGAGAGCUUCUUCCUGGGCGAGACGCUGAAGUAUCUCUUCCUCUUGUUCUCUGACGACAACGAGCUGCUCAGUCUGGAUAAGUACGUGUUCAACACUGAGGCCCAUCCGCUGCCCAUAUGGCCCUCAGCCUCAUGAGGGGGGAAGAAGCCAGAAUCAUGCCAGUCCUCUCUUGCAGUGAUGUUUGGGUUUCAACAAAAAAUGAUGCAGGUUUCCACAGGAAGAACCCCUCAGAGCUGCUCUGCAGGAAUGUUUCUGCUCUAAACUGAGGUGGCAGGUUAUGCAUCGACCUUUAACUGUGCACUUGAGCUUUAUUCAAAUGCGGUGAGAAUCUUUAUUCACCCAGAAGAACAGGUUUGGUGGAAGUGUUACUCAUUAUUUGUGGUGAAACAUCUCAAAUAUUGGUUCCUCUUUUUACUCUAUAUUUAACAAGACUUCACUUGCAUUUGAGCUCAUGGGACAACUGCAAAGUGUUGGACGAGCUCAUGCAGCUGCCACAAUUUUUAGAUGUCUCAUCUUCCAUAUUUGGGACAGAAACAUUAGUGUCAGCUCCGUAAAUCACAAGGCAGACUGCUGAAAUCACACACUGUGAAAAAUGCCAAGCACUUUGUAAAAUGAAGACUUCUUUUUUUUGUUAACGUUGUUAUUUCUACACAUAUAGAUGGAUGUUCUCGAUGUGAGUGCCUCACCUUUAUUUUUGCAGGCUGUUACAGAAGGAAACUGCGUGUCAAUUUCUAAAUGUCUCCCUUUUGUGAGAGUCAGGAUGCAUUAGGGAACAUAUUGGGUACUUUACAGAUCAUCUUGAGAUUUAUUUGGUAGCCCUCUGGGAUUGUGUAGUUUUCUGUUAUUUAUGUUGACUUUAGUGAGCGUACUUCAGCGAACGCUAAUGAUUUGAUGUAGCGGAUGCCGCCCGAAGCCCUGCUUGUGUUACUACGCUGUAGAUUUACGUUAUUAUCUACAAAUUUUGGAAGCUGUUGCACAGCACUGGAUGCUGUGAUGCUACGUUUAGCUGAUCAAACGUGUAUAUAUGUUCAUUUAUUAUUUAAUUCUAAUUUCACAGCACAACUAAUUGAAAACAUUGCUUGAAGGAUAAACUAUUUCUCAUCGACAGUCAAGAUCACUUCUGAUAUUAAAGCUACAAAAUUUCCCUUGUCAUAUUAGAGUGCAGGCAUACUCUAUAUCAGCCCACUGCCAUCUGUUUUUAAUAUGUUAGAUGAUUGUAGACAGGUUUGAAACGAUUCAAUGAAUCACUCACCCAACAAUGAAAUGAAAACGUCGUCAUAUAUACACCCUCACGUCGUUCCAAACGCGAAUUACAUUCUUUCUUCCUGGUCAAUUCUGAAUUCAUUUCUCCUUUUUUGUUCCAAGAAAGAAGGUCGUACAGGUUUGGAACGACAUGAGGGUGAGUAAAUGAUCACAGAAGUUUGAUUUUUAGGUGAACUGUCUUAUGAUAAAUCCUUAAUUUAGGUCCUUUAUUUGGUUUGAUAUUUAUGGAAGCUUGUUUCCAUUACUGGACAAAAAAAAUAAAUAG